GGAACGGAACGAGACAGCCCAUCAUCCCGUCUUCUUCCUCCUCCGAGAAUCUCCAUUAUUGCCUUCUGAUAAGCAGAGGGAGGGAAGAAGGGCCGAAGAAGGGGGGGAUAAAGGUCGUGUCUUUCUCUUGUCUGGUGGAGCGAUAAUCAAAAUGGCGUGGAAGACCCGGCUGGUGUUCUUUGAUUUCGUCGUGUCCUUCAUGUGGGUAUGGUCGGGCACGUUGAUCAAGAUGUUCGUCUCCAAGGUUCUAGGGUUGGGUCACCAGCCCGAGGCUGAGAUUGCCAAGUACUGUCUCUCCAUCGCCAACAUGUUCUUCUUCGCCUUCCUGGGUAAGGUCACCGGAGGUGGGUCCUACAACCCUCUCACCGUGCUGUCCUCUGCCUUCUCCGGGGGCUUCAGCAGCUUCCUCUUCACUGUCGGGGCUCGUAUCCCUGCUCAGGUGUUCGGUUCGAUCAGUGGAGUCAAGUUCAUCAUUGAGACCUUUCCUGAAAUAGGGCUUGGGCCCCAGCUAAAUGUGGACAUUCAUCGAGGUGCGCUAACAGAAGGAUUCCUGACAUUUGCAAUCGUUACAAUCUCGCUUGGGCUUGCAAGGAAAAUUCCUGGGAGUUUCUUCAUGAAGACUUGGAUCUCGAGCGUCUCGAAGCUAACUCUUCACAUACUCGGCUCGGACUUAACGGGUGGUUGUAUGAACCCGGCUUCUGUCAUGGGAUGGGCCUAUGCGCGCGGAGAUCAUAUAACGAAGGAGCAUGUGAUGGUUUACUGGCUCGCCCCGGUUGAGGCUACUCUGCUGGCACUAUGGACAUUCAGGCUUGUGGUUGGGCCACCAAAACAAGAGAAGGAAAAGACAACGAAAUCGAAGUGAAGUACAAUGAUGUAAGCUUUUCGUGUAGGCCAAAACCAAUCAGUCAGGUUUAGGAAAUUUCAGUUUAUCUUGUAUGUAAAUUGUUCAGAAUACAAACUCUAAUUGUUGUUGAUUGGCUUCGUCCUCCAGU